GCGCGCUGCGCCCCGCCGCCCCGUGCUAGGCGCUGCCCGGCCCGGCCCCGCGCCCCUGGGCGGAGGGCGGCGGCGGCGGGGGCGCCGCGGAGGGCUUUCCGCGCCCGCCCCGCCUGCCGCGGCCGGGGGAUUAGUCAGCAGUCUGCGGGCAGCCCCGCGCCCGCGCAAACUCUGCGGUGGGGGCGGGGAGCGGCGCCUGCCCCUUCCCCUUUCCCGCGGCGAGGGGCGGUGGGGCGGCGGCGGCGGCGGCGGCGGGGCUCCCCCCCGCCUCCCCCCCCCCCCCCGCCCCCAGCGGUCCGCGCCGCCGCUCCGCGGCGAGGGGCGGCGGGUUGGCAAGUGAGGCAACGAGGCGCCGGGAAACUCCUCUCGGGCACGGCGGCGUUGCAGGAGGACGGGCGCCCGAGCCGCCCCGCGCACGCACACGCACACGGGCGGGCGGGCGCGCACACAUACACACACACACUCACCGCACGCACACGCACACGCGCGGCGGCGGCCCCCGGCCCCCCGCAGCCGCGGCCGGCGGGGAGGCGGCGCCCGGCGGGGCUGCCCCAUGGUCUUGCGGGGGCCGUGGGGGAGCUGCGGGGGCCCCGGCGCGGCGCUCGCCCUCCUGCGCGCCCUCCGCACUAGGAUGUUGCGGCAGGUCUUGCACAGGGGGCUGGGGACGUCCUUCUCCCGGCUCGGCCACUUCGUCGCCAGCCACCCGGUGUUCUUCGCCUCGGCGCCCGUGCUCAUCUCCAUCCUGCUGGGCGCCAGCUUCAGCCGCUACCAGGUGGAGGAGAGCGUGGAGCACCUCCUGGCCCCCACGCACAGCCUGGCCAAGAUCGAGAGGAACCUGGUGGACAGCCUCUUCCCGGUGAACCGCUCCAAGCACCGGCUCUACUCCGACCUGCAGACGCCGGGGAGGUACGGCAGGGUGAUCAUCACCUCCUUCCGCAAGGCCAACAUGCUGGACCAGCACCACACCGAUCUCAUCCUCAAGUUGCACUCUGCUGUGACCAGGAUCCAAGUUCAAAGACCUGGUUUCAAUUACACGUUUGCCCAUAUAUGUAUCCUGAACAAUGACAAGACAUGCAUAGUGGACGACAUAGUGCAUGUACUGGAGGAAUUAAAGGCUGCUCGUUCUUCUAAUCGAACUAAUUUUGCAAUCACUUAUCCGAUUACUCACUUAAAGGAUGGCAGGGAAGUGUAUAACGGGCAUCAGCUUGGUGGGGUUACUGUGCACAGCAAAGACCGGGUGAAGUCUGCAGAAGCCAUUCAGCUCACCUACUACUUGCAGGCAAUCAACUCCUUGAAUGACAUGGUAGCAGAGAAGUGGGAAUCCAUUUUUUGUGACACUGUUGAACUUUUCCAGAAAUCCAACAGGAAAGUCAAAAUGUAUCCUUUUACUUCUUCUUCGCUGAAGGAGGAUUUCCAGAAGACGAGCAGGGUGUCAGAACGCUACCUGAUCACAAGCUUGGUCCUUGUGGUCACCUUGGCCAUUCUCUGCUGCUCCAUGCAGGAUUGUGUCCGCAGCAAACCCUGGCUUGGCCUGCUGGGAUUGCUGACCGUGACCCUUGCCACCCUGACUGCAGCUGGGAUCAUCAAUCUCACUGGUGGGAAAUACAAUUCCACCUUCCUGGGAAUCCCCUUCGUCAUGUUAGGUCAUGGGUUAUAUGGGACUUUUGAAAUGUUGUCCUCCUGGAGAAAAACUAGAGAAGACCAACACGUUAAAGAGAGGACUGCAGCUGUAUUUGCAGACUCCAUGCUCUCGUUUUCUCUCACCACUGCCAUGUACCUGGUCACUUUUGGAAUAGGUGCCAGUCCCUUCACUAAUAUUGAAGCAGCCAGGAUUUUCUGCUGCAAUUCCUGUAUUGCAAUUUUCUUCAACUACCUCUAUGUACUCUCCUUUUAUGGUUCCAGCCUGGUGUUUACUGGCUACAUAGAAAACAACUACCAGCAUAGUAUCUUCUGCAGAAAGGUACCAAAGCCAGAGGUAUUGCAAGAGAAGCCUGCAUGGUAUAGGUUUCUUCUGACAGCCAAAUUCAGCGAGGACACAGCGGAUUCAGAGGAAACGAACACUUACGAGAGUCAUCUUCUGGUGUGGUUCCUUAAACGCUAUUAUUGUGACUGGAUAACAAACACUUACGUCAAGCCUUUUGUAGUUCUCUUUUACCUUGUUUAUAUUUCCUUUGCCUUAAUGGGCUACCUGCAGGUCAGUGAAGGGUCAGACCUGAGCAACAUCGUAGCGACUGCGACACGGACCAUUGAGUAUACGACUGCCCAGCAGAAGUAUUUCAGUAACUACAGCCCGGUGAUUGGGUUCUACAUCUACGAGUCAAUUGAGUACUGGAACACCAGUGUCCAGGAGGACGUGCUGGAGUAUACCAAGGGCUUUGUGAGGAUAUCUUGGUUUGAAAGCUACUUAAAUUACCUUAGGAAACUCAACAUAUCCACUGGGUUGCCCAAGAAAAACUUCACUGAUAUGUUGAGGAACUCCUUCCUGAAGGCCCCUCAGUUUGCCCAUUUUUCAGAGGAUAUCAUCUUUUCCAAGAAAUACAACAAUGAAAUUGAUGUCGUGGCCUCCAGGAUGUUCUUGGUGGCCAAGACAAUGGAAACCAAGAGGGAAGAACUUUAUGACCUCCUGGAGACCCUGAGGAAGCUCUCUCUCACCUCCAAGGUGAAAUUCAUCGUUUUCAAUCCAUCGUUUGUGUACAUGGAUCGUUAUGCCUCUUCAGUGGGAGCCCCCUUACAAAACUCCUGCAUUAGUGCUUUAUUUCUGCUCUUCUUCUCUGCAUUCCUGGUGGCAGACUCUCUGAUCAAUGUCUGGCUCACUCUAACUGUUGCCUCAGUUGAGUUUGGAGUUAUAGGUUUUAUGACCCUGUGGAAAGUGGAACUAGAUUGUAUUUCUGUGUUGUGCUUGAUUUACGGAAUUAAUUACACAAUUGACAACUGUGCUCCACUGUUAUCAACCUUUGUCCUGGGCAAAGAGUUCACAAGAACUAAAUGGGUGAAAAAUGCCCUGGAAGUGCAUGGGGUAGCUAUUUUGCAGAGCUACCUCUGCUAUAUUGUUGGUCUGAUUCCUCUUGCAGCUGUGCCUUCAAAUCUGACCCGUACACUGUUCAGGUGCUUGUUUUUAAUAGCAUUAGUCACCUUCUUUCACUGCUUUGCCAUUUUACCUGUGAUACUGACUUUCCUGCCACCGUCCAAGAAGAAGAGGAAAGAGAAGAAGAAUCCUGAAAACCGUGAGGAAAUAGAGUGUGUUGAAAUGGUGGAUAUGGAUAGUACCCGAGUGGUUGACCAAAUUACAACAGUCUAACUUGUUUGUUUGUUGCUUUUUUACACUAGGUCUUACUGAGGAAAAAAAAAAAAGAAACCAGUACUGACUAAAUAUCUGGGGAGAGGAAGAGGUUUGGAGGUUUUCCCUCCCCCCUCUAAUCUAAAUCCAGGAAUAUUCAAAAUUAUGGGAGAAAUCAAAAAUGAUUUUUACAAAAAGAGCUGGGGGAAUGUACCUUGCUCAGCUCCUGUAACAGGUAUUAUGGGAGAAUUUGCACACACCUGCAAAGAGGGGUUGAAUUUUAGACGCAUGAAGUAAGAUCUAAUGAAAGAAAUUGGGUUCCUAAGCAGCCGUCUGCAUCGCCAGUACUGCAGAUGCUGCAAUUAUUGUGGCUAAACCCAAUCAGAUUGAAAGGUCAACUGUCAAGGCUGAAGUAGCACUAAAUGUUCGCUGGAUGUAAAGGCUUUACAAACUUUCUGCACAGCAAUAACUCAAGUCAGUGAGUCAGCUCUUAUAGGUCUUAGCCAUCACAUUUAAUUUUUCUUUUCUCCCCUAAUCUAAACAUUUAUGCAAGACUGUAUAACAGAUAGCAAACUGUACUGGGAAAGAAGGCAGUACACAGCAACCAAACGCUUUCCAAACACUUUUAUGUUAUAAAUCACUUUUUCUUUCCUAAAAAUAUAAUUUUAAAAUGUAAAUCAUCCCUUGUAACAUUUUUAAUCAUGGUUUUAUAGCUGUUUCUUUUUCUUAUAAAAGCAAAAAAGAACAAAAAAAAGAACAAAAAAAUCCCAGUGACUCUGUCACUCUAGAAAAUAUGUAAUUCUGUUUUAUACAUGUCUCGCUACUAGUUAAACACGUAAUCUGCUUUACCAACUGUAAUUUUGUUAGCAGUCUACUAACACGUGCAAGUGGAGCUAGCAGCAGACAGAAGAUGGUGUACUGAAUAUUUCAGCACCAAAAUCCAUGACACAAACCUCAAAUACUAAAAUGUCAUCAAGAAAGUGAAUGUUAGGGCUCUUUUAAUGAGAGCCUAUUUCAGGCCAUUCACUGGUAAUGCACACUAAGAGGAUUAGUGGGUAGUUUUACGUAAUGUAUAACUUAAUCCCUCAAUCUUCCGAGAGUACCUGUAAAGCAAUAGACCUUGCAGCUAUGGGCUCUUCCAAGAGACAGUAGACUGUGAGAGUGGUAUGGAACAAACCGAAGGCUGGGACUGCGGUUUAGCAGCAGCACGUUUACCAACGUCCACAAAGAGCCCAUAUCUAAGGGGCCUAUUGAAAGCAUCACAUCUGAGGGAAGAAAAAAAAAAACUUUAGAAGAUUACAUUACUGAGUCUUUUUGGAGCUGUGAGUUCUAAAUCAAUAAUUCUGUCAGCAUCUGUGAUGUGGAGUUAUACAGAUAAAGCAGCAUCUCUUUCCUCCUCCACCCCCUCCACCCUUAAGAGCGACAGGCUCAUUACUGUAAGGUUUUAUCAUGCGGUUGAACCCCAGUGGGGAUACGUAAGCCAAUUCUGUAGGUUUUGCUGAAAGUAUUCUGACUAUACAUUGACUGUGAAAACCCAGUUGCAGGAAGCUGGCUGGUGUGCCGGGUGGUCUCACGCACAUACAGACUGUUGCUCUGUGGUACAAGGUGACUGUAUUGCAACAGGACUCCUUUUUACAGCUUGUCCAGAAAGUAAGAGUACUUGAAAAGUUUUCAGCAGUUGGCACAGUGUUUGCCUCAGUUACGGUAUCGAGAGGGCAAAGGGAUAUUGCAGGAGCCACGGGGCUUGGACCACUGGGAGCGCGAUGCCUCGGGAGGCUGCCUGUGUUACCUGCACGAUGAUUAGCACAUCUGUGGUCACAAACCCAGGGUGUGCUUCACUGCGUGAAACUUCUCUUUAGUAUCCAAUCCCAGUGACCCCCCAAAUUCCCUGUGCAAAACCCGCAAAAGCCACCUAGUGAAUAUUAAUUUUCAGCAGAGAGAUACUCCUGAAGCUUCCUCCCUAGCAGAAAAUAAAAGCACCAGAUACUUUGCCCUGAAGCAAAAUGUUACAUACUGGCUAGCAAAACAAGUUGGCAGUGCAGCUGGCACCGUUUACUUUCCCCUGGAUAAGUCCCUUCUCUGACCAGAAGGAAAGGAAGCUGUCUCCAGUGCUGCACAGGCUCUUUGCUUGAACAAACAACAUUUGCUCUGGUAGCAGCUGGGAAGCUGUAACAACAGCUUCAGCCUUGGCAGAAAUCUGGCGGACACCUUGAAGACAGCCAAAUGAAUGUGAGGCUAGGGAAAAGAUCUUUCCCUUCUUUUCUUUAGACUCAGGCUUGGGGCUAUGUUUUCCAGCCAAAAAUCAUUCCUUAAAUAUACUUCACUAUAGAUUUUCUGUGAUGGUCAUUAUGUCAUUUAAAUAACAGUCACCCUAUCUCCUGGCUGUUCAGCAGGCAGCUGCAGUGGCAUUUAAACUUCUGAGGGCAUUAGCAAAUUAGUUGAGAGUUAUGGAAGAAUUACAAACGACUUUUGGCAGCAGCAGUCUACUGGCUUGUGGGACACCUGGAGAUGGGAGGUGUGUGAAGUUAGUUGUUUGUACACUGCAGAGAAUAAUGCGUGGCAAACACUGAUUUUUACACCUCUGCUAUCCCUCACGCUAUCACUUGCGAAAACCCAAUGCAAAGAUGGCUACCGUAAACCUGUUCGCGUCUAAUUGAAAUGCAUAGAUAGGAGCGUCUUUAAAGAGAUGUCCAAAGACAAGCUUGUAGUUUCACAGAGCUCUCAUUAAACCUUAGUCUUCAGAGAUCUUCAAGGAAGGUGAUAAAACAAGUGAAAAAAUUACUCCUCUAUCUCCAAACGUGUCAUAAAAAAGGAUGUGGAGGCACCCCUAUGGCAAAGAGCCACAGUAUACGCAUGGUGUCCACAGAAGCCAGGGUGAGACGUCAUGCAGCCCACUCCCGUGCCCUAAAUCAUUUCCGAAGGAUGUUUGUCCAGCCCAUUCUUAAAAAUCUUUUUAAGGACAGAUUCCUCCCCUAGCAGUUCCCCCCAGUGCUGUGUUACCCCACCAGUAACUAGUAACUCCUGCUGGCUGCCUGGGACUGGGAGGGAGAAGAGGAGCUGUGACCCUCUGCACAGGGAAGGACAGGACAGGCAGAAGACAGUCUCUGAAGCAUCCCUGAAACAGAGGAAACCCAAAACAGAGCCAAAAACAACUUAUGUACAUUUUUCACCGUAUCUCGCCUCAAGCCACCACUCCGCUCCCCACUUCCAGGCUUGGCAAGUUAAAACCGUGAAAAUGUCCCAGGUGUCCUCAGCCCAGGUCUGUGAGAUUUCUGCCUGGAUCCUGAUGUGUCUGAGCGAUGCACCAAAUACUCCUUCUCUACAGAUAGCUUGAAUACCUCAACAUGAACCAGAAACGGCAUGUUUUCAAGGUUUCAGACUAUGCUAAAGCACUUUGGCCUUCCUCCCCUUUGACAUUUUCCUCUGGAACAACUAUCUUCACCAAAGUCAAUUGGUCCUCGCUGUGCUGAUUGAUUAAUGGGUGCGGAUGCUGUGCUCUGUUCUCAGUCCAAAGCACUCCCAGUGGCUAACUGUGCUUAAGAUUUUGCCCUUAUUAGGGAACCUCCAUUUUGGAAGACUACCUAGGCUUAAGCAGUUUUUUGUCAUACUCUUAAGUGGCUUUUUAGCCCAGGUAUCACUGUGGUUUUGUUUGCAAUAUAGAUGACCCAAUUUUUGUAUUAAUUCAGUGAGUAUAACAGAUUAUUAUACACUGUCAGGCACUGAUGAAAAUCUAACAGCAAAAAUUUUAAGGCUAACAAGACUGUAUAGGACUGUGGCUCACUGAGCACAUAUAUCUUCUAGAAACAUUAAAAUUUCCAUACAGUAAGGUAUGGUGUACAGUAUAUUUUUACUAUGGGGUAAGCAUGGGGAAAAAGAACGAACCUAAGUGCAUAUGACCAUCAAGAUCAAUCCAGUUUUCUUGUAACAUAAUUCAUAAUGUCUUAGCACAAGUUCAUUUUCAGUUUACAAGUACUCUAAUUGGAGGAAAAAAUGAAGAGAGAAAAGUUGAUGUAGCCAGAAUAACUACACUAUAAAAAUUAAUUGACGAAGCCAGAAUUUUCUGCCCAAACAUUUAAGUGAAAAUGUUCUAGUUAGAUUAAAAUUAGAGCUGUGAAGACUGAGAAAAACCUGUUUGGCAAAGAAAAAGAGCUUCUUUUCCAAAGACAAGCAAACACACUUAUCAUGGUCAACUGCAUGAACCUGGAGGGAAAACACUACCAAAGUGGCCUUAGGUUACGUUGAGCCACGUGAGGAUUCGCAUCUGCUCUCAGAAGCUUUCUGAGGCAGCUCUGAAUGCAGGUAAAAUGUGUACUGUAAAUUGAAAGGUGUACUUCUAAAUGCUUUUCUCUAGGCUGACUGUCCUCUUGUGAGCCACAAAAUCCCACCUCAACCAACACCUUAUUUAUUUUUAUUCAAAGAGAAAACAAAAGAGAGUGGUGACACAACCGGGCAGAGGUCAGGAGAGUCAGAAGACGACCAUGACUUCUCUUAAAACACUUGCGAAAGCCAGGAACAGCUCUUUUGCAAGUGGUUUUUGUGGGAGAACUGGUUGAUUCAAAACUGAGCAAACUGGUAUUUCUCUUAUUUGUUAACUUUGGAAGCAGAUAGCACGUUCAAGGAGAUGCGGGGAAGGGAAGCAGAGUUAACAGGAGUUAGCCUUGGGUUCACUGUGAUCCCCCAGUUUUUGUAAGUACUCUCACGUGGUUGGGAGCUGGCAGCAGGACAGGAGCGCAGGAGGGGCAGGGGCGGCUCUGCUGCGUAGGCGUUGGAGAUGCCGGACCAGGCACUGCGGCUGGGGCCCUUCCCAUGUCGCUGUCCCACAGCCCGGCGCGGCGGCUCCUGGGGGUGCGCACAGCCUGCAGCAUGCACGAGCUGCCAUGCAUGCACAGCUAGCUCCUCACCUGCGUCACAGUAUGGCAGCACUGCCAGGUUUUGCUGAACCAGAGCUCAUGUGGUAAAGCACAAGCCCUGUGGGAAGCCACUUUUGGGAAGACCCUGGUCAGAAAGGAAUACCCAGAGCCUCUUCCGCCCCUGCCUUCAUGGGUAUUAAAACCUUGAUCCAUACAAAUCAAACUGGACAAUGAGCUACAUAGGGGCAAAGUAUUUCUUCCAUGGUUUUAUCGCUACAUUUAUCACAAAAACUACUUGUCAUUUAUUUGCUUGUAAAUAUUUUGAAAUGAGUAAGCCUUCCUGGGGUACACAGAGCUCUGAUGAGAAAGGGACAUGGAGACAAGCGAGCCCCUUUCCCUCCCAAAGGUAGGCAGCAUCCUCCACCCACAGCCAGGCACCACACCAUCACUGCAGGUCAGCCCCAGGGACCUCAGCCCAUGGCAGGGGAAACCUUAUUCCCCCUCACCCCUUUCCCAAUCUCAUUAGAGAAUGUGGGGGGCUUUAACUCCAAAUUGUGGCAGGGGUAGGUCCCCAGAGAACCCUUGUGAAACCCCUCCGCUGCCAGGAAAGCGGAGGGGAGAACUUUUGCGUUUGGGUUUUUUUUUGUGAAAAACAUGGCAAAGACAUCCCAGGAGGGGAUUCAGAAAUGUGUUCCUGCCCAUGGCGCAUAGGCUGGGACAGAGCAGCAAGCCCCAAUGUGCUCCCACUUGCCCCGUCGUGGUCCUGGCACAGCUUCCUGCCUGGAGAGAGGGCACCUCAGCAUCACCUGCAGCUGCCUGGGGCAGCCACUUCUCAGGCGUGAAUCGGUCUGGUCUUGUGGUUCUGCAAGUCAUCACCUUUUUUUAAUUUGGGAAAAGGAAAAAAAAAAGGGUCAGCAUAAAUGAUUCUAGAUUACUUAAACUCCAAGAAGUCUUAAUCUGUGCGUCAAAUAAAUGGCUUGCAAGAUGUCAGGGGUUUUUGUUUGGGCUUUUUUUAACCUAUUUUUACUAUUUUUGUAUUAAUUUAGGGAAAAAAAUUGUAUAAUGAAUCUCAAUGUAUAGCAUAAGCCUAAAAUAAAACGGCUGUCUCUC